AAUGUACGAUAACACAGUUCGAAUGCUUGUGUGGCUCAGUACGAUGCGUUGAUAUGGAGCACGUGAGAGAUGGCAAAAUGGACUGUGAGGACGGAUCCGAUGAAAAGAAUCUGGCAUCGUUGAUUUCAUCGCAAAACCUGAUCUGUCCCGAUGGAUCGGCCGCAAGAACGUUGCGACUCAAAAAGAAUUUGACCACCGCCGAUCAAACAGUUUACACGACUAUUACUGAAUGCAAAAAUGCAUCGUUGUGUCGAGAAGCACUCGGAGAAAUGUGCAUUGUUGUCGGUGGCGCACAGCAUUGUGUUUGCAAGAAAGGAACAGUUCGACCGCACGGUACACCACGAUGUGUUCCCGAACCACUUUUGCAGCAAUACCUAAACAAUAUCAUAGGUAAUUGCACCGCAAUUCGACGUGAAUUGGUUGAGAUGUAUGGACCGCAGGUCAGCUUUCAUACCGAGUCGAUACACACCUCGUAUUCCACUCAGUCGAUCACUCAUACAAUU